CUUGAUGAUAGUAUCGGCCAUACGCAUACCUGCGUAGAACACAAAACAGCAUUGCUUGCAUUACGGAAGACACUCGACCCAAAGAAAAGGAAAGUUGCCGAAGGUGCCGCUACAACAGUGGAUUUGAGCAAUGUGUCACACUCGUCACUCAAGCGAUACAAGAAGCACUACGAUAUUGAUGUGCCCGCGGGAUCGUCGAAGCAAGAAUACAGUGCGGCCGUGGCGCAACACUUCCCAACAAUACAAGUCAAUGAGGCCAAAGAUUUGUUGGCAUUUAUCACUCAUGUCGAGAAUAUUAAGAAACGCGCUUUGGACAGUUCGGGUGGUCUCUAA